CCACUGCGAAGAAACCCUGCUUCUUCGCUCUCGUCGCCAUUGACAGGUCUUUCGAGGUCGCCUCCACACCAAGCAUGGCGUCCUUUCGCCACGAGAAAGAAAAGGCUGUAAAUGUGCAGGUCCUACUCCGCUGCAGGCCGUUCAGCGAGGAUGAGCUGCGAAGCAACGCGCCGAAAGUUGUAACAUGCAAUGAUUAUAACAGGGAGGUAUCCAUCACACAGACCAUCGUUGGGAAGCAGAUAGAUCGUGUGUUCACGUUUGACAAGGUAUUUGGUCCUAAAGCAAGGCAAAAGGACUUAUAUGAUCAAGCUGUAGUUCCUAUUGUGAGAGAAGUACUGGAAGGUUUUAAUUGCACUAUUUUUGCGUAUGGACAAACUGGUACCGGAAAGACCUACACAAUGGAAGGUGAAUGCAGAAAGGCCAAAAGUGGACCAAAAGGCCAGUUGCCCGCUGAUGCAGGAGUCAUUCCUAGAGCUGUAAAACAAAUUUUUGAUACAUUGGAGAGUCAAAAUGCUGAAUACAGCGUGAAAGUCACAUUCUUGGAAUUAUAUAAUGAGGAAAUCACUGAUUUGCUUGCUCUUGAAGAACUGUCCAAGACCACUUUAGAGGAUAGACAAAAAAAGACUUUGCCUCUGAUGGAAGAUGGCAAGGGUGGUGUUCUAGUAAGAGGACUAGAGGAGGAAAUAGUAACGAAUGCUGAUGAAAUCUUUUCUCUCCUAGAAAGAGGUUCUGCUAAAAGGCGCACAGCUGAAACAUUAUUAAAUAAGCAAUCAAGUCGGUCACACUCUCUCUUUUCCAUUACCAUUCACAUUAAAGAGGCCACUCCAGAGGGUGAAGAACUGAUCAAAUGUGGAAAGCUAAAUCUUGUUGACCUUGCUGGAUCAGAAAAUAUUUCACGGUCAGGAGCUAGGGAGGGCCGUGCAAGGGAAGCAGGAGAAAUUAACAAAAGUUUGCUUACUCUGGGUCGCGUUAUUACUGCUUUGGUAGAACAUCUUGGACAUAUUCCCUAUAGGGACAGUAAACUCACACGGUUACUUCGUGACUCCUUAGGUGGAAGGACUAAGACAUGCAUAAUAGCUACUGUUUCACCGUCUGUACAUUGUCUGGAGGAAACUCUAAGUACAUUAGAUUAUGCUCACCGAGCAAAGAGCAUAAAAAAUAAGCCUGAGGUUAACCAAAAACUCAUGAAAUCAACAUUAAUAAAAGAUCUAUAUGGUGAAAUUGAUCGACUUAAAGCAGAGGUAUAUGCAACUCGUGAGAAAGUUGGUGUUUAUAUACCAAAGGAAAGAUAUUACCAAGAGGAGAGUGAAAGAAAGGCAAUGACUGAACAAAUUGAGCAAAUGAUUGUUCAGAUAGAAACUAAUGAAAAGAAACUUGAGGAUAUUCACGAAAAGUAUAAUGCUGAGGUCAAUUGUUCUGCUGAGCUAAGUCGGAAACUUGAGGAAACAGAGAAAAGGCUAGAAGACAUGGGCAACUUGUUAGUUAUUGCAAAGGAUGAUGUUAAGCGGACUCAAUAUGCUCUCAAGGAGAAAGAUUUUAUAAUCUCAGAGCAGAGAAAAGCUGAAAAUGCAUUGGCACAUCAAGCUUCUGUUCUGAGAUCUGAUUUGGAGAUAUCUGUUCGUGAUAAUGGAUUGCUACUUUCUAAGAUAGCUAGAGAAGACAAAUUGCUCGUUGCCAACAGGUCUGUUGUAGAAAAUUUCCAAGCUCAAUUGGUUGCCAAGGUUGAAUUACUUUGCAAUACUAUAGCUGUAUCCAUAAACCAACAAACUGAGUAUCUUCAAUCUAUUGAGAAACUAUGUCAGUCGUGCCUUAAUUACAAUGAUAAGAUGGCAGUAGAGCUAAAGAAGAAAGUUUUAGCUUCAAAAUCAUUGUUCAAAUCACACAUAGAGGCUAUACAGAAUGUAGUGCGUCUACAUAAGGCUUCAAGUAAUGACAGCCUAGAAGAGAUGUCAUCAAUAAUUUUUGCCAAUUGUUGUUCUCUCAAUCAAUUAUUAGCGCUGGGGGAAGGUGAAUCGGAUCAAACUUUGAGUGAACUUCAGAAUCUAUUGUUAGGACAUCGAGGAGAGAUUGCACAUUUUACACAAGAGCUUCGGGAGAGAUUUAGCAAUAGUUUAAUCCAUGUUAAAGAGGCCUCCCAGUUCAUCCAUGGGCUACUAGAAAAGUUUGGAGAAGAAAUGAAGAAGCUUCAAUGCCACUCAAGUCGGAUGCAUGAAUCGUAUUCGAAUAGUAUUCAAGAGUUCCAAAAGGAAUAUGAGGAACAAUCAAGGAUUGAACAAGAAAAACUUUUAUCAGAGAUAGCUGAUUUAGUUUCCAAUCGCAUGCACCGUCAAAAAGAAUUGGUGGCUAUGAAACUUGCCAGCCUGGGAGAAGCUGCUUUAGAGAACAAGGAAACUGUGGAAGAGUUCACAACAAUGAUGACUGUAGCAACCACUGACGCGAAGAGAAAGUGGGAAGAAAUAUACAAGCAGACAGAAAGCGAUUUUAGGAAUGGCUCCAGCUUUUCUGCUGCCAAACAUUGUUGCAUGGAAACUACACUCCAGCAAUGUGCAAGGGCUGUGGAUGUGGCCUCUCAAAAGUGGAAGAAGACAACUGAAUCUGUUUUAGAGUUGAACUCUAGACAUGCAGUUGAUAUGGACGUGCACAUUAAGAGCGCUAUUGAGGCCAACGAACAACAUGAUGUAGAGGUUGCUUCGGCACGAAAUGCAUCAGAGGAUGCUGCAGAAGAAAGUAACACAGCCAUCAUUCAACACUAUGAUUCUGCAUUGGAACACGAAAGGAAGCACACACUAGAUGUCAUCGUUGCAGUAGGAUCUCAUGCCACAGCCAUAAGACAACUGGAGGAGGAGCAUGCCGUACAUGUCACAGAUAUCAACAAGCAUGCACAAAUCACUUUUCAAGAUAAUUACAAGGAUUAUGAACCUUCUGGGGAAAGUCCUGCAAGAUCCGAGCUAGAUGUGCCAAGUAGGGGAUUGAUUGAAUCUCUGCGAGCAAUGCCUGUGGAUGCAUUGUUGGAUGAGUUCCGAGAAAAUAAUCCUUAUGAUUCAUUUAGGGAGCCAAAACCAUCUCUCAUACCACGUUCACCACUUCUCCAGCGAAACUGAAAACCAAAUUGUUUUCAUGGAUGAAGUUCUAUCGCUGUGUAGAACCUUGCCGGCUCCCUGUCAUGCACUGCUGUUCUUGUGUUUGUUGUGACAAUGGCAUUGGAAAACAAAACUUAGGUGCAUGAGAGUAUUGAGAGUUUGUGUUCGGAAGCAAAUACGACUGUCACAUGCCAAGAAUUUGUUUGUUAUUGUAUAAAGGUGAGAGGUUUGACUACGGUCAAACUCGAGAUGGGGAGUUCAUUUAACGCCGCCCUGUUAAUUUUUGAACAGUGUCAUUUAUCGAUAUAAUAUAUCAAACAUUGUCAUAAGUGAUGGUGAUGCCUAGUGCUCGGGCUGACUGAAUUA